AUGUAUGCGUCUUUCUACUGGCUGUGUCUGUCUCCAGAAGUUGGAGGAAGUGAUAAUACACUUAAGCCUGAAGUUGUUUACGAGUCAUGGCCCCAGACGCGUCCAUACUCGGGAGGCAAGGAUCUCGAUACCCCCCUUACGGCCAUGGACGUGUUUGUUUAUCUCGUCAUCAAUAACUGGUUAUCGCUUGACACUGGUCAGGCAGUGGCAAUUCCUAGUUUUGUGACCGCGGACAAUUUCGUGGGGCAACAUUCAGUUGUUAGUAGUACUGAUAGUGGUAUUGAUCAACGCGAGGCGAAGGGUGUAAGACUGGGCAUAUUUGCAAUCAUUUUGUCGAGUAGGCCAUAUUUCUAG